AAAAAAGAGAAUGUUUAUGGAAAAAUCGGAUCUCUCCAUCCAACCAACCCCUUCGCCAGGCGCGCCAACGAACAAGUUUCAGGAACAGGGCUCAAGAAGCAGGAACAGGAAUGGCCAGUUAUAUAUAUCCCCAACCAGAGGAUCGUGUUGGCAGGGCAGGAGGAGACUGGGCCUUUGCCCUGAGAGCCGUAGCCCAUUUCCCGAGAUUUUGUUUCGAAAUACGAGCCACGAGUCGAGAGGGGAAGAAGAAUAAUGGUUGUGAAGACAAUGAUACUUGGCAGUUGGAACCAUGUCAGAUAAAAUCAGAUCAGCGGAAAAAACGAAAGAAUUUUCUCUCGACUGAAGUAUCUUUUGUUGGCGGUUGGCGGUUGGCGGUUGGCGGCUGGGCAAGCUGGCAAGCUGGCAAUUUGGCAGUUUGGCAGUUUUUGGCAGAUGGAUUUGCCCCAAUCCAAUGCAACCAUAUCCGGACACAAGAUAAUCCAGGCCGAGACAACCAGCGGUCCAAACAACAUGACAUAUCAUUGCCGGAGGCUCCACGGUGCCUGGUACCUAGGGACGCGGGGCGACUAGGCCCAACACGGCUAGGGCCGGAGGUGGUGAGAGUGUUUGUGGUAGGAGCGAGUGAGACCUACGCCGGCUGCCCCUUCCUGUUUCGCAGCGCCCGUCUCGCGGUUCCCCUGUGUGUGCCUGCGGCGAGUCUGUGGGCGAGGCUCCUCCUGCCUGGCCGGGCUAGUCUGUCUCUCUUUUCCAUCGCAUCCAAACCUCAUCUUCAACUUUAA